AUGAAGAAGAAACAGUUAUUUUGGGUUUCUAUAUGUUUGCUGCUUAGCUGUGUGUCUACUCUUAAUGAUAUUGAUGAAGAUGAUGAAGAGCAUAUUAACAGUACAGGUGCCAGCUUGCCACCACUGAAACUUGUAAAUUCAUUCUGUGCCUUUAAGGCAGACGAUGGUCCAUGCAAAGCAUUGAUACAUAUGUAUUUUUUCAACAUCCGCACUCAACAGUGUGAACAAUUUAUAUAUGGGGGAUGUGAAGGAAAUCAGAAUCGAUUUGACACCCUGGACGAGUGCAAAUAUCAAUGUGUAAAAGGCUAUCGGGAAAGUAAAUGGACAAAGGAAACACCGCUCAAAGAAAGGCUAUAUUUCUGCUUUUUGGAAGAAGAUCCUGGAAUUUGUCGUGCCUUUAUUACUAGAUAUUUUUAUAACAAUCAGUCCAAGCAGUGUGAACGUUUCGACUAUGGUGGGUGCCUUGGAAAUCUCAACAACUUUGAAUCAUUGGAAGAAUGCAAGAACAGCUGUGAGAUUCCAUUGAAUGUUUCUGAAGAUGAUGCUUCUAGAACCCAGACUGAUGCAGUGAAAAAUAACUCUUUGGCUCCCCAGCCUACAAAGGUUACCAAAUUUUUGGAGUAUCGUGGUCCCUCCUUCUGUAAGACCCCAGCAGACAGAGGUCUGUGUAGAGCAAAUGAAACAAGAUUCUACUUUGAUUUCAGCAUCAAAAAAUGCCGCCCAUUUUUAUACACUGGAUGUGGAGGGAAUGAAAACAAUUUUAUUUCUAAAGAAGAAUGUACUACAGCUUGUAAAAAAGGUUUCCUCUGGAAAAAACGAAAGGGAAUUUUGAUUAAAACCAAAAGAAAAAAGAAUCUACCAGUGCAAGUAGCAUAUGAAGAAAAUAAAGAUUAA